AUGGCGAUUUUCAAGCUUAAUCCCCAGAACGACUGCAACAUGCCUACGUGGAAAAGCGCAGAGAUGAAAAUUCUCAUCCUUGGAGACCAGUCGACUGAGACCUUCAAAGCACUGUGCAGCCCACAAGCUCUCAAAAGCUCUACCGUACAAGACUUUCUUACCCAGUGUAACCUUGCACUUCGUCGUGAACUUUCUUUGCUUCCCCGAUUCGACAAGGCACAAUUUCCCGAUCUACCAUUGCAUGUGGAUGCACUGCAAGACUGGGUACAGUGGGGAAGGACGCAUCCUGUUCUGCGACCUGUGUUGACAGCAGCCUCGCAAUGUGUGCAAAUACUUCAAUAUGCUGAUACCGAAGACAUCGACCUUUCAAAACAUUGCAUUCUAGGUUCUUGCACCGGCCUGCUCGUGGCUGCUGCUGCAACGGUUGGUCCAUAUCGAUCGUCUAAAUGGAUUCAAUUAGCUGUACACAUUGUCUGUGUAGCAUUCCGCAUCGGAGUUCAUACAACAGGUGUUGGCGAGCGCUUGACAAGCACCAACGAAAGUUGGUCCCGUACUAUUCAGGGAAAGCUUGACCCAGAAUUGCUCUCCAAAUUUCACGAAAUCGAGGGUAUCCCCUUACCACAUUUUGCGUAUGUUAGUGCUACGACCCCAAACUCAACGACAAUUUCCGGCCCUCCACAGACACUGAAGAGGUUUUUUGCCUCGGCAGUAUUCCAAGCAACAGGGCAGAAAUCUAUAUCAAUCCCCGUCUUUGCCCCGUACCAUGCCGCUCAUCUCCACCGAGAGGCUGAGAUAAACUGGAUCAUUGGGAUCGAUGAUCUGGUAAUUUAUCGCUCUUUUCAAAUUCUAGACUCGUCCUUGCCAUGA